UCUAAUUUGUUUUAAUUGUUAUUUUGUGUGAAUGUGUUUGUGUAUAUCUGUGUGGCUACUUUGUUUUGUUUGUUUUAAUUGUUACUUUGUGUGCAUGUGUAUGUGUGUGUGGCUACAAGUGUGCUAUGGCACACCUGUGUAAAAUCAGAGGCCAACUUGUAGGAGUGCCUCUUCUUCAACACAGUAGGAGCCACAACUGCUUUUAAAUUGAAGAGAGAGGGAGAGGAAGGAAGGAAGGAAAGAAGGAAGGAAAGAAAAAGAAAAAAAAACCUUGAAGUGCAUUCUGUGCCUCAAAAUGGCUUUAGGUUUUUUGUACAUUGUUGCCACUCCUGUGGAGAUGGGAAAAAGCCCUUUACUCCUUCCCUAGUGGUAGACUCUGUCUUUGCCCUAAGUUUGUUUUAGCAAUGGGAGCUGGCCGAAGUCCUGCUGAGCAGUGGUUUUCUUUUCCUUCUCCACUUAAUUUAACCGACCAGCUGAACACACAUCAGAGAGCUAAACUGGCAUGUGUAGUUAUUACAGGCUUCUAGUAUGGUUCUGUGUCCCACUUUGGGGACUCUGGUUUGGGAAUUCAUUUAUUAUUCUGGGCAAGAGGGAAAGAGCACAUGCCAAAUAAUAGCAGCCACACAUUGAUUUGUGUAGUACUUUUUAGUUUAGUCUGUUUUACCAUGAAUACAAAUUUGUGAGAUGGGGAUGGGAGGGGAUAAUCUUAUCCCAUUUUACAUAUAAAGAAGGAGUCUCAGAGAAACUAAAUGAGAACCUGCAAGUGGCAGAUCUGGGACUUGAACCCAGGUCUUUGGCUCCUAUCUAAAAGCAUUCAACGGGUUUUUAAAACUUCUGUGAGCUUAGCUUUCCAGCUUCGUGCUUACCUAUGUGUAGAACUUACCUGACUGGAGUACAGUGCUUCCAAGUGACACCCAGUGGUCCAUCUGCCUUCAGAGAUAGCCUUCCCUCUGGAAAGUCAGAUGGAUGAUUCCAUUUGCCAUGAGAUGCUGAUGGGGGUAGCUCCUGUGAAGAAAAUGUUAGUGCUUUUCUUUUGGCCCAUGUGUGACAUUUUCUUCCUUGCGUGUUAGAGUUUAGAAACCUGAGGAAGCUCAGACCUGGUGGUGAGAGGAUGUGGUCCCUGGACCCAUCCCAGAAAGAGGUGCUGAGAUUUGCAGUGAGCUGCCGCAUCCUGACUCUAAUGCUACAGUGGCCUAAUAAAGAGACUGACUAAAGAGCCAGGCAGCUGUGUCACACACCUUUAAUGCCAUCACUCAGCAGAUCUUUGUAAGUUCAAGGCCAACCUGUGAACUAAGUGAGUUCCUGGACAGCCAGUGCUACACAGAGAAACCCUGUAAGAAAGAAAGAGAGACUAAUGGAAAGGAGAAUGAGCCUCUAAGUGAGCUGUGCUCUUGUUGCUAGGCUGGGGAGCCUGACUCAAUGAUGGCUCUGAACCAGCAUCAGCUGAAUUCCUGGCAGAGUCAAAGGAGCAGUGCAGCAAGUCAGCAUCUGGGGUAAGGAGCCAGGACAGCUGUGUUCUCGUUCAGUGCGAUUUUGGAAACAGUAUAUUUCCUCAAAUCCCUGAAGCUCAGCCACCAAAAUUAUAGCACUCUUCAACAUCAUCAUCCCAGAUCACCACGCAGAUGCCUUCUCUCCUCCCCGCCUGGCCUCCUCCUGCUCUGUGGAUCAGCUUGUGGAAGGUCUCCUGGGUGGUCUGUCUAGAUGGGAUGCAGAACACUUCCUGUUUAUUGCUGAGCACGGCUACCUUUAUGAGCACAACUUUGCCUUCUUCCCUGGCUUCCCCUUGGCCCUGCUGAUGGGAACUGAACUGCUGAGACCUUUGCAGGGCCUCUUGAGCCAGCGCAGUUGCCUACUGGUCUCAGUAGCACUUCUCAACUUUCUGUUCUCUGUGCUGGCUGCAGUCACACUUCAUGAUUUGGGUUGUCUGGUGUUGGGCUGUCCCCGCCAGGCCUUUUAUGCAGCCAUGCUCUUCUGCCUCAGCCCUGCCAAUGUUUUCUUGGCAGCUGGUUACUCAGAAGCUUUGUUUGCCUUCCUGACAUUCAGUGCCAUGGGGCAGCUGGAGAGGGGCCGGAGCUGGGCAAGUGGGCUGCUCUUUGCUCUUGCCACUGGGGUGCGCUCCAAUGGGCUGGUCAGUGUCGGCUUCCUCCUCCAUGCUCAGUGCAGAGGCUUUUUCUCUUCUCUUGUGGUGCUGAACCCCUUGAAACCGCUCUUCAAACUGAUGGCCUCUCUCUGCUUGUCAGUACUCACUGUCAGCCUUCCCUUUGCUCUCUUUCAGUAUUAUGCCUACACCCAGUUCUGUUUACCAGGCUCUGCCCACUCCGUCCCUGAGCCUUUGGUACAGUUAGCUGUGGACAAAGGCUACCGGAUCACAGGAGGAAAUGAGCCCCCAUGGUGCUCCUGGGGGCUCCCCCUAGUAUACAGCUAUAUCCAGGAUGUGUACUGGAACGUGGGCUUUCUGCGAUACUAUGAACUCAGGCAGGUGCCCAAUUUUCUACUAGCUACACCAGUGGCUGUACUGGUUGUGUGGGCAGCCUGGACAUAUGUGACUACCCACCCUUGGCUCUGCCUUACACUUGGACUUCGAAGAAGCAAGGACAGUAAGAAGACCCUAGAGAAGCCCCACCCUGGCUUCCUCAGUCCAAAGGUGUUUGUGUACCUGGUCCACGCUGCAGGGCUGCUGCUCUUUGGAAGCCUGUGCAUGCAUGUUCAGGUUCUCACACGAUUGUUGUGCUCUUCCACUCCUGUUGUGUACUGGUUCCCAGCUCACUUGCUUCAGAAUCAAGAACCACUGUUGAGAUCUGUAGACACAGUACCUGAGAAGCUUCUUGAGAAAAACUCCCCACCAGGACAGAAGGCCCCCAGAAACUGUAUCAUGAAACUCUUGUACAACUGGAGGGCCUGUUCUCCAGUCACAAGAUGCAUUCUUGGCUACUUCCUGACUUAUUGGCUCCUGGGACUACUCCUCCAUUGCAACUUCCUGCCUUGGACUUGAUCUGGAAUCUCAAGGGACAGGCUGGAAGCUGAUUUAACCCAGGGGCUAAAAACUUCAAGACACACUGGCUGGGACUGCCUGCUCAUCCCUGAGAGCACUGUCUGUUAGGAUCUCCCCCUGUGCCCCUGGAGACCAGUUAGGAAUGGAGAAUAGCAAGGAAUUGAGCCCCUUCUUGUCCUUAGUGGGAGGAAGAACUGUUUUCUGUGCCGAAUGGAGUUGGCUCAAAUCAACAAGCUUCAGACAAUCUUAAACCUCCUGCUGACCCAUGUAGGUGUUUUUUGUUUUUUUGAGACUGGGUUCACUGUGUUGCCUUGGCUGUCCUGGAACUCGAUUUCUAGACCAAGAUGGCCUGGAACUCAGAGAUCUGCCUACCUCUGCCUCCCAAGUGCUGGGAUUAAAGGUGCAACACCACUGCCUGGCUUCCCAUGUGUAAAUUUAAGUUAAAUGUUUGCUCAAAGCUCUAACCAACAGCCUGAUCCACUUGAGAUGGUGAGGACAGGACAGUGAAAAGAGGAAAAAUGGGCUGCCUGCUUUAAGUGAGACAUUUCUGGAGUUUCCUUUAUGAUGUGUGCAUUUAUAUAAAAAAUCCUACACUAUGAAAAUUUAAAAACUUGUAUUUGUAAUGAAUUUGGGGGUGGGGGUCAGGGGAGUUGAAACAGGGUUCUUCUGUGUAGAGAUCAGGCUGGUCUUGAACUCACAGAGAUCCACCUGCCUCUGCCUCUUAGUGCUGGGACUAAUGGUGUGUGUCAGGCACUGCUGAGUUACUUUUUAUAAGGACUUGGGGCUAGAACUCAGUAAAGCAUGUGAGGCCCUAAUUUCAAUAAUAAAUGAUUUGAGUCAGAG